AUGGGCGCCUUCGGCCUGACCCUCUUCCAGGCAGGGCUCCUCCCUGCGGCCUUCAUGGUGGGCCUGCUGGUCGCCAGCCCGGCGUUUGCGGAGGCCAGCAAGCAGUGGCACGCCCUGCGUCUCAUUGCCCUGGGCCUCACCGUCUGGCUCCUGGCUGCCGCGGCCAGUGGGGCGGCCUGGGGCUUCUACUCCCUGCUCGCCGCCCGCAUGGUCGUGGGAGUGGGGGAGGCGUCCUUUGUGGCCCUUGCCGCCCCCUUCAUCGACGACGUGGCGCCCCCCGCCCGCAAGUCCUCCUGGCUCGCCGCCUUCUACCUCUGCAUCCCCGCCGGCGUGGCCCUGGGCUACAUCUUCGGCGGCCUCCUGGCGGCGGGCCUGGGCUGGCGCGCCCCUUUCCUCCUGGAGGCGGCCCUGGCCCUGCCGCUGGUGGCGCUGCUAGCCUCGCUGCCCCCGCUGGACCUGCGCGGCUCGCACUCCGCCGCCGGCCAGCCCGGCGCCGACUCCCUGCUUUCCUCUUUGAAGGCCGACGCCCUGGCCCUCGCCAGACUGCCCGUCUACGUGCUGGUGGUGGCGGGCAUGACCUGCUUCACCGCCCUGCUGGGCGCGCUUUCUUACUAUGGCCCGCGGGCGGGGCGGGAGGUCUUCGACAUCCCCGCCCCCACCGCCGACGUGACCUUUGGCGGGGUCACAGUGUUCACAGGCAUCGUGGGCACGCUGAUCGGAGGCGUGGCGCUGGAUGGCAUGGGCAGCAGCAUCCACAAUGCCCUGCUGCUCUGCGCGGCCGGGCUGGCAGCGGGGUGCCUGCUGCUCAUCGGCGCUUUCGCUCUCGCCUCCAAUUUUGUGGCCUUCAUGGCUGUGCUGGCCCUGGGCCAGAUGUGCCUGUUUGCGACCAUGGCCCCCAGCAACGCCGUGGUCCUGUGGACCGUGCCCCCCGGCCUCCGGGCCCCAGCCAUGAGCUUCUCGGUGGUGGCGCUGCACGUGCUGGGGGACGUGCCCAGUCCCCCCGCCCUGGGCUUCCUGCAGGGCCGCCUGCGCGACUGGCGGCUGUCCCUCAGCCUGGCCUCCCUCCUGCUCGCGGCGGGGGCGGCCUGCUACGCCCUGGCCACCGCCCCCGCCCGGUCAGCGACAGACUACCGGGCUCAGGACGCGGCCACCCGGCCACCGCUGGAGGUCCAGGACCUGCGGGACGCCUCCCUCGCGGACUCGACGGCGGGGGCUGGGGUGGGGGGGGUGGAGGGCAUGCGCCUGCGCCUCCUGGCGGGGCAGUCCACGCCCAACCUGGCCAUGCUGCGGGAGCUGGAGGAGAAUAGGGAGUGA